UUUUCUUUUUUUUUUUUUUAGUGCUAAUGCCACGAACGUUACACUCUGCCAACGACUGAAAACACGAUAAUUUCGACGUUUACGGUCGGUUCGUUCCACACGGCACGCCGAUCUCGUACUGAACGCUGUUCCUCAUGGUGAGAUCGAGCUGAUGGUUGAAAAUGGUCGAGGGAUCGGUGGUCGGGACACGAUUGGCACGCGCUGGAAUUAACGCGGUCAACAGGGUGCAAAAGGGUGGCGACGAAUAGCAACGUUCGCACAUUACUCUUCCUAUAUGGGCCAUUAAUUCUUCGGUUAGUUCGGUGUAUCGAUCGGACAUUAUUGACUAUGCAGCCCCGUCAAGCGUACUAAACGUAAUUAUGCGUCGACUUUCUCAUGAAGAAAUUUCAAUGCAAGUUAACCCCCCGUUGAUGUCAAAAGAUAGCCAUAGAGACGACUUACCAUCACGGUGGAUAGGCCAGCUGUCGGUGGACUCGGCACAAAGCCGUAGCAUAACAAUCGAAAGGAGCGGUCCAACAAACAAAACUCACCCUCCGGGGCCCCCUUUCAUCCCCUCGAUACGCUUCACCUGGCUCUCUGCCCUGCGAUUAAAGGACAACGAAGGCCAUACUUUCCUUAGGACGAAAGGUUUACGUAAUCAGACUAUGCACACGGCGAACCUUUUACCUAAAACCUUUGCUAUCGUUACGGCAAUAUUUCAUCUUUGA